UAUUUUUAUAAACUUUUUCAUUCACAUGUAUUUUCACAACGCUUAAACAUUACUAAAAAUUUCUUAUCAAGCUCUGGUCUCUCGAACUCCACUCCAGAAACGUCGUUUACUUCAGUUUAGAUAUACCUUCAUACUGUGUAGCGUGUAGCUUAUAUAUUUAUGAAAUUCAAACACCCAUUUGAAUCUAAUCAAUGCCCAAUAGUGUCCCUAUUUUUAAUAACUCAUACGGCUUCUUGAAAGUUGAAACUAUAGCCUCCAAUCCACGAAAGCCCAUUUACCACUUUAAGCAAAAUUGCUAUGAUAUCCAAAGCCAAUGCUGUGGUCCACACCAAGUUCCGCAUCCUCUUCUCUGUACCGCAGCAUUUGUUUUCUUUUCCAAGGAUCUGGGGUUCAAAACCUUUGAUAUUUUUCACGUCCACCACCUGUUCGACGAAAAGUCUGACCCAAGUUGAAACAGCAGGAGAAGAAGUUUUAGUCCAUCCAAAGGACUCUAUUGAAGUUUUCAGGAAAUGGGGUUGUAGCGAUAAUGAAAUUUCGAAGUUAUUUAUUCGCAGGCCUUCUUUACGCAAUGCUAACAUUACCCAGCUUCAGUCCAAACUAAACAUACUAAGUGGCCUAGGAAUUGGAGCUCCUGACCUUGUUAAGAUGAUCCAUUGUCGCCCCCGGUUUCUUAGUUGUCGAAUCAAUCAUUGUUUUGAUGAGAGGCUUGAGUUUUUCAAGACAUUGUUUGUGUCAGGGGAUGUUCUUGCCAAAGCCAUUGUUAGGAAUCCUUCACUUUUGACAUAUGACUUCCACAAUACUAUCAAGCCAGCUAUUGCACUGUAUGAAGAGAUAGGCGUUUGUAAAAAGGAUUUGAUUUCUAUGCUCCUGUCCCGACCCACCAUAAUUCCUCGAACUUCAUUUGGCGAUGAAAAGAUGGAAUACAUACGCAAAACUGGCAUUUCCAAGGAGUCCAAGAUGUUUAAAUAUGUUGUUACAUUGAUUGGCAUUUCACGCCAUGAAACGAUACGUAAAAAGGUGGCAAAUUUGGAAAAAUUUGGUUUUUCAGAUGAUGAAAUCUUCAAUCUUUUUGGAAGGUCUCCACUUUUGUUGACACUGUCAGUUGAUAAGGUACAGAGGAACAUGACUUUCAUUUUGGGCAUGAUGAAGCUUCCUGCUAGUGUGGUCCUUCAGUACCCAUUUCUAUUGUAUUCUAAUUUGGAGGCUGUUUUGAGGCCACGAGUACUUCUUGCUCAGAAGAUAGACGACAUGGGUCUUGAAUUGCAGAUUAAGGGACUCAAAAUGAUGAGUGCAUUGAGGAUGACUGAAAAGAGGUUUCUGGAAGCGUUUGUUAAGUGUCACCCCGAUAAUAUUGCUGAUGAGUUGAUUGAGUUCUAUACAAGUGCCAAAGGCAUAAAGCGAUUAGCAGAAGCCUCGAAGAAAAACAAUCAUAUGGGAUUCCCUUUCUGAAGUUUUGCACACCAGGUGCUUUGUUUUUUUGGCCCUUGAAAUUCUUGUUGCUAUACUCUCCAAUUUUUAUUUUUUUCAUGAUUUGUGAGCUCUUUGUGCGUGGCGGCCUUGUAGUUUUUUACACUACUAUAUUUUUGAGGUUUAAGUUAUCUGUUGUAAUGCAUAUCUUUCUCUAUUGCUUGCCCGUUUACAUGGGACAUUGGUUAUCACGGUUCAAUAUAUUAUUUUGUGCCACAUUCUUUACUAGAA